CAAAAGGUGGCACGGGCAUGAAUAGCCCGUAAGACUUGUUCGAAGGAAACGUGACUUUUACAUGUGUCUCUCCCUGCAGGAAACACACCACUUCACAUCGCCACGAGAUGGUCUAGAGUGGAGGCUGUGUCUGGGCUCCUCAGACACUGUCCAGACAUCACCCACCGCAACCACAGAGGAAUGACACCACUUGAUUACUUUCGUCGCAACACUACCAAGGAGUCCUCCAUGUACAUGCCAAGUACAACCUCAGGGUAUGGCUCUGAGGGAGACCAUCUCCCAGUAGGAAGCGGGGAGAUAAAGACCCCAAAUGAGGGUGACUCGGAAAUCGACCCAGACAGUAUAUUCCUCAUUAAUGAAGAAGACCCUCACCAGAUGGAGAAAACCUAUCAGAUGUGGCAUUUGUUUGUCGAACACGACUGUGCUUCGGUUCGUAAUAUAUACAUCCACUACGGCUACCUGAUGACUUGCGCCUGUAUCCCUGGAGAAGGCUCCAAGCUCAAUUAUACACAUCAGUAUAUAAAGAAGAAAUACAGUUACCCUAUGGGUUUGAUCCGGAUUUUUUUAGUCAUAUGCGUCACGGGUCUGGGAAUGUUCAUGAACUCGUGCUGGAAGAAGAAGUUUUCUGAAGAAGACUACGACGUGGCGACCCUGAGGGAGGAGAUAAGUAAUAUUGAAGACCAAGGCUAUGCCGUGCUGGACGACAACAGGGAUAACUAUUACUCUGUGCUGGACGACAACAGUGAUAACCACUCCGCUGUGCACGACAUGGAAGACGACGACUCAGCAUGUUAUGCAAACCUGGAGACAUCCUCAGUAGUAUAUUUACUGGACCUGGGCCUCCUGGCUGCCCGUCUUGGUCUGUACGUUGGAAGAACUCUUCCUCCUCUCCAACACCAGGAUUCCCACAGGAGCAUAUACGACUCACUGGACAGUGUGGUCCGGGCUCAGGUUGAGGCGUACGCAAUGUGGGGCGUCAGUAUGGGGGGUGCACGCCCCAGGCCUCACCACCUCAGUCACUCCUGCCACCGCCGCAGCCAUAGGUCAUCCAUUGAUUACAACACAGUUUCUGAGUAUUUCCGUCGGAGGGAAACACCUUCUCCCAUCCCGGAUGAUGACUUGAUGCACUCCCAUCCCAUACUUGCUCACCAACCAGGCAUCAUCAGCAGGCCCUUAACUUUCCCACUUCGGAAUGCAAUGUCUCUUCCACGAGGCAUAGACAUCAUACACACCUACCCAGCACAGAACGAAGCCACCAUCAUUACCUCUCGUUAAAACGUUGCACGACUGUAAGAUAAAACGUCUGAGCCAAAACACAGCAUUGAACACAUUGCGCUCUCUGCAACAGCAGACAAUAAUUGCAACCAUUGAUGUUGACCGAGAAUAUACACAGUAUGACACCGGACUUUACGAUCACCGGACAUUUGUGAAACAAUAUCCAACAACAGAUAUCACACUAUCUGAGCCACAACAAACAUUAUACCAUCUGAGCCACAUCAAACAUUAUACCAUCUGAGCCACAACAAACAUUAUACCAUCUGAGCCACAACAAACAUUAUACCAUCUGAGCCACAACAAACAUUAUUCCAUCAGAGUAACAACAAACAUUAUACCAUCUGAGCCACAACAAACAUUAUACCAUCUGAGCCACAACAAACAUUAUACCAUCUGAGCCACAACAAACAUUAUACCAUCUGAGCCACAACAAACAUUAUACCAUCUGAGCCACAACAAACAUUAUACCAUCUGAGCCACAACAAACAUUAUACCAUCUGAGCCACAACAAACAUUAUUCCAUCAGAGUAACAACAAACAUUAUACCAUCCGAACCACAACAAACAUUAUACCAUCAGAGCCACAACAAACAUUAUACCAUCUGAGCCACAACAAACAUUAUACCAUCUGAGCCACAACAAACAUUAUACCAUCCGAACCACAACAAACAUUAUACCAUCUGAGCCACAACAAACAUUAUACCAUCUGAGCCACAACAAACAUUAUACCAUCUGAGCCGCAACAAACAUUAUACCAGCUGAGACACUACAAAUAUUUUAACACCUGAGCCACAACAAACAUUAUUCCAUCAGAGUAACAACAAACAUUAUACCAUCUGAGUCACAACAAACAUUAUACCAUCUGAGCCACAACAGAUAUCUCACCAUCUAAACCAAAAAGGACUUCACAUCCUUUAAGCCACAUGAGGCACUAUAUUCUCUGAGGAACAACAGACACCAUAUUUUCCGAGCCACAGCGGUCACCAUGUCCGCUGAGGUUCAAAAGACACCAUAUCUUUUGACACACUACCUAUCAUGUCUUCUGAACCACAACAGGCACCAUAUUCACUGUGCCACAACUAAUAUAAUAUCCUCUGAGCCGCUAAAGACACGAUAUUCUCUGAACCAUAAUUGGUAAGAUAUUUUGUGAUCCUCAACAUACACCAUACCCUCUAAGCCACAACAGGCACCACACCCUCUAAGCCACAACAGACACCUUAUCCACUGAGCCACAACAGACACCAUAUUCACUGAACGACAACUGAUAUCAUAUGCUCUGAAUCACGAAAGGCAUCAUAUCUUAUGAACCACAACAGACACCAUACCUGAGGGAUUUCUUUUAACUUCUAACUCCUUAAAAUUAGGAACUAACUAGCCACUGGGAAACUGUGUUUCAUCUUGGAGUAGUGGACUGUAUCUAUUUUAUGUUCCCUAACUGGCUCAGUUUUCAGAGUGAUCCAACAGAAAUGGGCCUGCUCUCAUUUACCUGUUGAAUGAGAAAAUCUCCACUUACCACUUGCUAAAGAGUAACAUGUAUAAUGCAGCUAGCACUGAUACGGUUACAAAUUAUUUUAACUUAUUCUUUUGAUCUGCCAUCUUGCCAUAUAUGAAUUAUUAUAAACAAUGACAAGAUUAUGUAGUGAUAUGAAUUUAUCUAUUGCAAAUGUAUUCUUUAAUUUGUCUUUAAGUAAUUGCAAUAUAUCAAAUAUUUGUCAAACACUGAUUAACUUAGUUAAUAUGGUUUUAAUUUAAUGGUAAGUAAUCUAUUUACCGAGGUGAGGUCAUAAGCUCAUGGUGAUAACCGCACCUGCAAUAUUAAUGGGGUUAGUGGCACAAAAAGACAUAGGAUCCAUCUGCAAUUACUACACCAUCAUCCUUCCCUUAUUUUAGUUAGAUGCAGGUACGGAGCUCUAUCUUAUAGCACUAAGACUUUAUCCCGCUUGUAGGGCCAGAGCGUGUAGUGUUGUUCACUAUUGAUAUUGGAAUGGUGGUGUUUAAUUGCUUGGCUUCUGGCUUCAGGCGUUGUUUACACUCCACUCACCCCCUCCCCUUCCGGCCCGUUGGCGUCGUGAGGGGGCUUGGUGGACGGCUGCCGGAGUGUGAUGCUCCGUUGGGCAGUCCUCUGUCCU